AUGGGGGGCAGCAAGGGCAAAGCGCCCCAGCGCCGGGAGGGACCCGGGCCGCCGGCCUCCGGGGAGCAGGGCUCGGGCUCCGCCAGCCGGGAACGCCGACAGGGUCGCGGCAAGGCCCGCAGGGCCAGGUCGGUCCUGGGGACCGCCACCCCGGGAAGCCGCGGGGCCCCCGGUGGCCGCCCGGAGCCCGCCGCGGAGGGAGGCGGCGGCGGCGGGCCGCCCGGGGCUGCGCCGCCAGCGGAGGCCCAGGAGGCCCAGCGGAGACCCGGCAGCGCGCGGCGUCGGGGACCCGGGUCCGACGACAGCCGCCAGCACCCGGACGGCCAAGGCGGGCGCCGGGAGGAGGAGCGUCUCCCCGGAGAAGGCAGGACCCGCGAACUCGGCCGCCGCCGGAAUGGAGGGCAAGGGCGGAGACCCCCGGCUGGGCAGGGCGCCGGGGAGCCCCGGGGCCCCGGGGGCGACGCGUCGGGCGGAGACGCGGGCAGCUCUUGCCCGGGCAGCGAAGCCCGCGAGGCCCAGGACGGCGACCGGCGGAGCAGCGGGGCCCCGGGGCUGCGGCCCAGGCCGGCGCAAGCGGACUCGAGCUCGGGAGCCGCGCACCCCGGGUGGGAGCCGGCGCCGGAACCCCGCGAGCGCGCCAGCAGCGACGGGCUCAUCCGCGACGACGGGGACAGCGCUGAGCCCCGGAGCCGGGAAGGGUCGUCGGGAGUGGGACGGAGGAAGGAGAGCGAGGAUUCCGGGGCAGACACGGAGUCGAGCCUGGAGGCGGCCGGGCCUGGAGGGGGCCCACGGGCAGCCCCAAGAUGGGCGAGCUGGGCCGCGGGAGCCGAAGAGACUGAGCCGGGCGAAAACGCCGCGGCCUCCAGCUCCCUCGAGGGCAGCCCCGCGUGCGUCCCCCGGAGCUCGCGGGCUUCUCGGGACCCCAGGCUGCCCCGGGACGCGAGAGACAACGAGGCGCGGCCCGGCGCUGAGCCGCAGGGCGCCGAGGCUGGAAGGGCCGACCCCUCGGCCGCCGCGACUCGGCGCCGCCAGGUCGGAAAGGUGGUGGCGAAGGUGCAAGAGGCGACCGGCGACAGCGAAUCUGGGGCUGGAGGAGAAGAGGGGCCCCGGGACCCAGCGCCGCUGGCCGCCCUCGUGGCGCUCCGCAGGCUCCGCGCAAGAGCGCCGCCGGCCCCGGCUCCCCAGGCCGCGGCCCCGGCUCCCGGCUGCACCGGCCUCAAGGAGCGGCUCCUGCGCGUCGUGCGCGCCCUGGGUCUCCUGCGGUGGCUGCGGCGCCGGCUGCAGGGGCCGCGGCGCCGUCUCGUGCUGCGCCUGGCGGGCGUAGCGGGCCUGGGGGGACGGCCCAGGGCUCCCCCUAGCGGCGGCUCGAGCUCCCCGCAGCUUGCGAAGAGCCCGGCUCCCGGGGACCCCUCGCAGGACGAGGACCGGACCCCGGAUCCCAAGUUCGCCGUCGUGUUCCCCAGGAUCCACAGGACUGGGAGGGCGUCGAGCAGCCGGAGCUCAGAGGACGCGUCCGCGGACGCCCCACCCGCGGAGGGGCACGUUCGGCCUUGUGCAGGAGCCUCGGGAGACAGUGAGGGGCGCGGGGCGAGUGGACAAAGUGGGGCCGGGUCCCCCCGAGGGUCUCUCCUCGACCCUCCUGCCCGCGACGAGCCCCCACUCGACGAGAGCGGCUCCAGCAGCGAGGCGGAGCCCGAGACCUUGGGGGCCGAGGCCCGGGUCCACUGGGCCCAGAGCUCAGAACCCCGCCAGGACCCCGGGCUUGGCGCCGACGCGCUGCUGCCCAGACUCACCUUGGAGACCCGCGUGCGGUGGGAGAGGAGCCCCGGCCCCUGCGGGUCCCCGAGGGAGCGGUGGGAGCCCGAGGACGAGACCGAGGAAGCGCUGGAGAGGGACCUGGAGCUGAGCGUGGGGCCCGGCCUGGAGCUGCCGCCCGCGCUGGACGCUGAGGGCAGGAGCCCUGGGGAAGGUCUGGAAGACACGGAGGACCUGGCUCUGCUGCGACCAGUGUGUAACAGCUCUGUGCUGCUGUGCCUCAAGAAGAGAUUUCAUCUGGGCCGAAUCUACACCUUUGGGGGGCCUCUUCUGCUCUCUCUGAACCCCCGCCGGCCCCUGCCUCUCUUUUCAGCUGAGGUCCUGGCCAGCUACCACCCCAAGAAGGCCCCUAACACCACCCCACACAUUUUGGCCAUCAUGGUAUCAGCCUAUAGCCUGUCGCAGAGCACCGGGCAGGGCACAUGCAUUCUCCUCAGGUGAACCCUGUUGGCUCCUCCCUCCUGCAGUGGGCACAGUGGCUCCGGGAAGACAGAAGCUGCCAAAAAGAUCGUUCAGUUCCUCAGCAGCCUGGCACAGGAGCAGACAAGGGACAGAAGACGUCAGCUGGAUGGCAUUCUGCUCCUGCUCAGCAGCUUUGGCCACGCCAAGACAGUCCUCAAUGCUAACGCCAGCCGCUUUGGCCAGGUCUUCUGCUUCUGCCUGCAGCAUGGGGUCAUCGUGGGAGCUUCUGUGUCACACUAUCUGCUUGAGACCUCAAGGGUGGUGUUUCAGGCCCAGGCUGAGCGGAGCUUCCAUGUGUUCUAUGAGAUGCUGGCAGGGCUAGACCCUGUGGAACGGGAGCAGCUCUCCCUCCAGGGGCCAGAGACCUACUACUACCUCAACCAGGGCCAGGCCUGCAGUCUCCAGGGUAAGGACGACGCCCAGGACUUCGAAGGACUGCACAAAGCCCUGCAGGUCAUAUGCCCCGAGGAGGUGACUGCCACCUGGGCCGUGCUGGCCGCCAUCCUGCACCUGGGCAACAUUUGCUUCUCCUCUUCAGAGCGGGGGUCCCAGGAGGUGGCUGCUGUGUCCAGCUGGGCCGAGAUCCACACAGCAGCCCGGCUACUGCUGGUGCCGCCUGAGCGCCUGGAGGGGGCUGUCACCAGGAGGGUCGUGGAGACACCCUAUGGCUGGGUCUGCAGAUCUCUGCCGAUGGAAAGCGCCAUUGAUGCCAGGGACGCCCUGGCCAAGGCCCUGUACUCACGGCUUUUCACCUGGCUUCUGAGGAGGACCAAUGCACAGCUGGCACCGCCCAGAGAGGGAGAGAGCAUGGACACCAUCACUGUCGUGGAUGUCUACGGCUUUGAGGCCCUGAGGGUGAACGGCCUGGAGCAGCUGUGUAAUAACCUUGCCAGCGAGCGCCUGCAGCUCUUCUCCAGCCAGAUGCUUCUGGCCCAGGAGGAGGAGGUGUGUCAGCGAGAGCUGCUGUCCUGGGUGCCCAUUCCCCAGCCCGUGCGGGAGACCUGCCUGGACCUCCUCAUAGACCAGCCUCACAGCCUCCUGAGUAUCCUGGAUGCCCAGACAUGGCUGUCACAGGCCACAGACCACACCUUCCUCCAGAAGUGCCACUAUCACCAUGGCAAUCACACCUGUUAUGCCAAACCCCAGCUGCCCCUUCCUAUCUUCACCGUGAGGCAUUACGCGGGGACCGUCACCUACCAGGUUCACAGGUUUGUAAACAGAAACCGGGAUCAUCUUGACCCUGCCGUGGCAGAAAUGCUUGCGCAGAGCCAGCUGCAGCUGGUGGGCAGCCUGUUCCAGGAAGCAGAGUCCCCAUCCUGGGGUGGGCCACGUAAACCCACACUGGCCUCCCGCUUCCAGCAUUCCCUAGAGGACCUCAUAGCCCGGCUGGGCAGGAGCUACGUCUAUCUCAUUCAGUGCCUCAACCCCAACCCGGGAAAGCUUCCAGACCUCUUUGACGUGGGACACGUGGCAGAGCAGCUGCACCAGGCGGGUGUCCUGGAGGCCGUGUACGCCCGAAGUGCCAACUUUCCUGUCCGCGUGGCCUUUCAGGCCUUCCUGGCCAGGUUCCGGGCCCUGGAGACAGAGGGGCAGGGAGAGUCCUCUGACCGCCAGAGGUGUGGUGCCAUCCUGAGCCAGGUGCUGGGGGCCGAGUCGCCCCUUUGGCAUCUUGGAACCACCCAGGUCCUGCUGCGGGAGCCCGGCUGGCAGCAGCUGCAGCAGCACUGGACCCGGCGACGCUCGCAGGCCCUGCUCACCUUGCACCGCAGCCUCCGCACCUGCAUCUCCUGCCAGCGCCUCAGCCGCCUCCUCCUGCCACGGAUGCAGGCUCGCGUGCGAGGGCUCCAGGCCAGGAAGCGGUACCUCCGGCGACAGGCGGCUCUGGGACAACUGAACACCGUCCUGCUGGUGGCCCGGCCUCUGCUCCGGAGGCGCCAGAGAUUGCAGCUUGGCCAUUGGCGUGGCUGGCGUAGCAGCAAAGCCUCCAAGAAAGUCCCAAGCAUGGAGCUGGGGUGCUUGGAGAUCCCGGCUGAGCUGGCCGUCAUGCUGAAGACAGCAGAAGGCCGGCAGCAUGCCUUGGCUGAGAGCAUCACCGAGUCCAUGCCCCCCGAAGUUCCUGCCCGGCCCCACCUGACCCUCCCGCCUGACAUCAACCAGUUCCUGUUCUCCAGCUUCAUCUCCACGAACUUUCUGGACCCAGUGCUGCCCAGCCCUGGACAGCCGCUGGCCAAGCCCCUGACCCGGCUGGAUGGUGAGAACCCUCAGCAUGCCCUGGACAUCAACAAGGUGAUGCUGCGGCUCCUGGGGGAUGGGUCCCUGGCCCCAUGGCAGGAGCAGACCAUGGGUGAAUACCUGGUGCGACAGGGUCAGCGCUGGCCAGGGCUGCGGGACGAGAUCUUCAGCCAACUUGUGGCCCAGAUCUGGCACAACCCGGACGAGCAGCAGAGCCAGCGCAGCUGGGCCCUCAUGGCCAUACUGCUGAGCGCCUUUCCCCCCAUGCCCACCCUACAGAAGCCACUGCUGAAAUUUGUGUCCGACCAGGCCCCCAGAGGCAUGGCAGCACUGUGCCAGCACAAGCUGCUGGGGGCCAUGGAACAGACGCAUCUGGCCCCCAGGAUGGCACGGGCCCACCCACCCACCCAACUCGAGUGGACAGCUGGCUGGCGGCGGGGCCGCAUGGCGCUGGACAUCUUUACCUUCAAUGAGGAGUGCUACUCCGCCGAGGUGGAGUCCUGGACCACGGGAGAGCAGUUCGCCGGGUGGAUUCUGCAGAGCAGAGGCCUAGAGCUGCCCCCCCGUGGCUGGUCCGUGUCACUGCACUCCGGGGACUCCUGGCAGGAUUUGGCUGGCUGUGACUUCGUGCUGGAUCUCAUUGGCCAGACUGAGGACCCAGGGGACCCAAUCAGUCCCCACAGCUACCCCAUUGCCCCUCAUGGCUUAGCUGAGGACAUCCCCCCUGCCCCUGGCAUCCAGGCCCCCUCACUGCCUCCAGGUCCACCUCCAGCCCCCACACUACCCAGCAGGAGCUACUCAGGUGAAUCUCGGGGCUCAGGGAACCUGGAUGGCUUCCUGGACCACCUCUUCCAGCCAGUUCUCUCCCCAAGCCACAGCGAUCUGGAGCAAGGCUGGGCUCUGAGCAGCCACAUGAAAGGAGGGGGUGCCAUCGGGCCCAUGCAGCAAGGCAGCUACCCCAUGGUUUACCCAGGGAUGGUGCAGAUGCCUGGAUACCAGCCAGCCAUGAUGCCUGCACCCAUGCCUAUGAUGCCAGCGAUGGGCGCGGUCCCUGCCAUGCCAGCUAUGGUGGUGCCACCACAGCCACAGCCGCAGCCACAGCCACAGCCCCUGCUUCCCAGUGUGGACCAGAGGCAGCUGGCCAUCCAGCAGCAGAACUUCAUCAACCAGCAGGCGCUGAUCCUGGCCCAGCAGAUGACCGCCCAGGCCAUGACCCUGUCGCUGGAGCAGCAGACACAGCAGCGCCGGCACCAGGCUCAGACCCAGGCCCAGGCCCAGGCCCAGGCCCCGGCCCCUGGAGCUGCCUCCACGAACUCACCCCCAGCCGUCGCCCCCAAGCCCAAGAAGCCCAUGGCCCCACAGGAGGAGCCAGAGCAUGAACCAGAAUUGGUGGGUGCUUGCCUGAGGGAGAUCUCACAGGAGGCCCAAGAGAAGCCCUGGCAGUCCAAGAGCUUCCGGCAGAAACAGGACUUUUUCCAGAAGAUGGGGCAGCAGCAGAUCAAGGUGAAGACAGUGAAGCCUCCACCCAAGAUACGGAUUCCCCAGGUGGAGGAGCAGAAUGAGGAGGAACAGGACGAAGAGGAAGCAAGAGCAGAGCCAUCCCCGCCACCUCCCCCCAUAGUAAAGAAGCCAGUGACGCAAAGUAAGGCCAAAGCUGCACAAGUGGCUGAGGCUAAGCCGGCGGCCCGGGGGGCGGGGCCUGCUGAUGCUCCUAAGCCCGAGUCCCGACAGCCGGCAGAGCCGAGCAGGGAGAUCCGGAACAUCAUCCGCAUGUACCAGAGCCGCCCAGGCCCUGUCCCUGUGCCAGUGCAGCCAUCCAGGAAGCCCUCAAAAAUGUUCCUGAAGAAAAACAACCCUAAGGAUGAGGCUCUGGCUAAGCUGGGGAUCAGCAACACCUAUGUCCCCAUAUCGAUGCCGUCCCCCAGCCCAGGAAAGGGCCUCCCACCAGCUGUGGCUCCUCGGCCCAAGGUCCCACCACAGCUGGGGCCUUCCACUUCCAUCAAGGAGAAGCUGGAUCCCUUUGGCCAGACCCCACCCUCUGCCCAGGCACCCCCGCCUCCACCAGCGCCCCCGCUGCCGCCGCCUGAGGCCCCGGACACACUUUCCCCUGGGCCCCGUGGCUUGAUGGGGCCCAUGGAGGACCAGGGAGUGUCCACCCAGCUGCUCCCGCCCUCUGGCAGCGUGUGCUUCUCCUAUGUCAGCACGUCCUGGAAGCUGUUCCUGCGCAAGGAGGUGUUCUACCCCCGGGAGAACUUCAGCCACCCCUACUGCCUCAGGCUCCUCUGUGAGCAGAUCCUGAAGGACACCUUUGCCAAGUCCUGCAUCCGGAUCACCGAGGAUGAGCGGAGCAAAAUGAAAGACCUGCUGGAAGACCUGGAGGUGGGCCUGGACUCGCUGGAUACCACCGAGGACAAUGUCAAGAAGCGCAUCGUGGUGGCCGCUAGGGACAACUGGGCCAAUUACUUCUCCCGAAUUUUCCCUGUCUCGGGUGAGAGCAGCAGUGAUGUGCAGCUGCUGGGCGUGUCCCACCGGGGGCUGAGACUGCUCAAGGUGACCAAAGUCCCCAGCUUCCACCUCAACCAGCUGAAGACCCUCUGCUCAUACAGCUAUGCUGAGCUGCUGGGCAUCGAGUGCCGGGGCAGCUCCACCCUGGAGCUGUCGCUGAAGAGCGAGCAGCUGGUGCUGCACACGGCGCGGGCGAGCGCCAUCAAGGCCAUGGUUGAGCUGUUCCUGCGUGAGCUCAGGAAGGACUCCGGCUAUGUCGUCGCCCUACGCAGCUACAUCACCGACGACCACAGCCUCCUGAGCUUCCACCGUGGGGACCUCAUCAAGCUGCUGCCAGUGGCCACCCUGGAGCCCGGCUGGCAGUUUGGCUCCACUGGCAGCCGCUCUGGGCUCUUCCCUGCCGACCUAGUUCAGCCAGCAGCGGCUCCAGACUUUUCCUUCUCGCCUGAGAGGAGCGGCCGGCACCAGAGUCAGCUGCAGCCCAGGGAGCCGGGGCUGGCUCCCUGGGACGGGGCCGUGGAGCGCCAUGUCCACCCCCGGAGCCAGGCACACAGUGAGGACUCCAUCGCCUACGCCUCCCUGUCCCCGGACUUCCACAGCUACACCAUGCAGGAAUUCGCCCUGUGCCACUUCCGGAAGCCCCAGGCCUUGCUGCACCAGACAGAUGGACUUGCUAAGGACAUGGCCAUGGCCAGCAUGGUACAGUACACCAAGGCUCCCAUUCAAGAAUCACUCAUCAGCCUCAGUGAUGAGGACACAAACAAGCAGGCUGUGGAAAGCUUCCGGGUUCUGAUGCAAUUUAUGGGGGACCAGCCUAAGCCCCGGGGCAAGAAUGACUUGGAGCUCCUUUAUGAGCUGCUGAAGCUAUGCCGGGAGGAGAACCUCAGGGAUGAGAUUUACUGCCAAGUCAUCAAGCAAGUCACCUGUCACCCUCAGCCGGAACACUGUACCCGUGGCUGGAACCUCCUCAGCCUCCUCACGGGCUGCUUCUCCCCGUCAGCCACGCUGAUGCCCUAUGUGACCAAGUUUCUGCAAAAUUCGGGCUCAAGCCAAGAGCUGGCCCGGAACAGCCAGGAGCACCUGCAGCGCACAGUCAAGUAUGGGGGGCGCCAGCGGCUGCCCUCCCCGGGCGAAAUUCAGGCCUUCCUGAAAGGGCAAGGAAUGCGCUCCCUUCUAAUUCACCUGCCAGGGGGUGUGGACUACAGAACUACUAUCCAGACUUUCACGGUGGCGGCAGAAGUGCUGGAAGACCUGUGUCGGCAAAUGGGCAUCACAGACCCUCAGGAAAUGCAAGAAUUUGCCCUAUUCCUCAUCAAAAAGGAAGGCGAGCUGGUGCGGCCCCUGCUGCCCCACGAGUACCUCAACAGCGUGGUGGAGCAGGACACAAGCCUGCACAGCCGGCGGCUCAUCUGGGAGACCCCACUGCAUUUCGACAAUCCCACCUACAUCACCACCCACUACAAGCAGGUGCUGCGGGAUUACCUACAGGGGAAGCUGUUGGUCAACCCCCAGGCAGACACCCAACUCGCCAGGCUGGCUGCCCUGCAGCACUGCAGCCAGGACCAAGAGGACUACUCGGAGCAAGACAUGCUGAAUUACUUGCCAAAGCCGCUGCGAGGGCACGUGAACAUACCUAUCAUAAAGAAACUGAUAGACCAGGAGCUGAGGCAGCUGCAAGUCUACAACUCCCAGGAGGCACAGAUCAGCUUCAUUGAGGCUGUGAGUCAGCUGCCCCUCUUUGGCUACACUGUCUAUGUGGUGCUGCGGGUGAGUCAAAUGGCCCUGCCUGGACCCAGCCUCCUGGGACUGAACCACCAGCAUCUCAUCGUCAUGGACCCCUGCAGCCAGAAACAGUGCUGCUCCAUCACCCUGAAGGACCUGCACCGGCUCCACCUGCUAAGCCCCCUGGAGAGUGAGGGGCCCCCUGGCCUGGAACUCAACUAUGGCUCUGCCGACAACCCCCAGACCAUCUGGUUUGAGCUGCUGAAGGCCCAGGAACUGAUGCACACCAUCGUCUUCCUGACGGACAGAGGCCUUCCUUCCAAGUAGAGGCCGAGAGGAGUGGGGGAAGGGGUGAAACAAGGAAGGGGCCCCUCCCAGGUCCAAGUCUGACUGGGAAGGUCUCUCUUGGGUGCUGUCAAGCCGUUGGUUUGGACUUCCCCACUUGGCUGUUCUGGAACCUGCCACAGCUUCUGGCCCAUGUGGAGGCCACAAGGCAGGAGCUGCUACAAUGACGUCUACUGAGAAAGAGCAGCAGGAUCCCCCCUGGGGGGGGGGGCCCAGGUGGGCACUGCAGGGAACUCACUUGGGCAUCCAGUGCUGCCCAGGCUGGAGGGAUGCCCACCUGGCCCCAUGCUCAAUGUAAGCAUGAAUCCAGG